ACAUGGGGUUCGUAUAAAAGGAUGCUUUUUCUGAAAAAAGAUUAGUAAUCGUUUCCAAGUUUCGACGAAGAGGAAUGCACAUACCAAUAAGGAAUGGCGACAGUAGGCCGUAGACCAAUGAAAACGUGCAGUGUAACGGGCAUUAGCGUCUGUGGGGCACUACCGGGAGCUGACCUUGGCGGCACUCAGCGGCACUUGGCUGUAUUCACGGAAGGCGCCCGAAAACGCUUCGGAAAAAGGCAUCGGGGGCAGCGCGCGUUCGUGUCGCCCAUUGUUAUCCUCGUCGCGUGUAAUGGCUACCGUAGAGUUUGUUGACGGUGCUCGGUCUGAUUGUUCGCGUAUCGGCCUAUGCUGAACUGCGGUGCACGACGACGUGGCGUAACACGAGGUGAAGAGAAUCGAGAAGUGAUCGGGCCGAGCUACCGCCAAUUUUAUGCAACCGAGAAACCGCGCUUCGUAUACCAGUCGCCGCAGCCGCCACCGCGCUUGGACGACAUGAUCUGCGCGGGUCAACGCUGCUCGUUGACAAGCGUGUAACUCGAAACUGAUUUCGCGGCAUCCACGAGGAGCGAGAUUACAGCUGCGUUGUGAUUAGUGUUCGUUUUAGCGAGAUCUAACGUAUCAAGAAGGUGCAACAAAGCGCUAAAUCGAUCGCCAUUGAUUUUCUACCGCGACCACGGCCCAACCGACACGAGGAACUUGUUCUCGGAUGUUGUAUAGGACGAAAUAUUUAAGUCAGUUAUUAAGGUUUCACGAUUGUCAGGAAUAGUGUGAUUGGUCGCGCGGUGUUCCGCGCCGAAAUCAUGGCAACUAAAAGAUCAUCCAUUUGGCACCCAGACAUGUAACCCGCGGCGCCCGUGUAGACUAUCACAUGGUCAAAGGCAACACAUCAAUGGCCCUAGAAUCAAAUGGCAACAACGUGGUGUGGUUGAACACAACCCGUCCUGAUCAAAUACAACAGGUAUGCAACUUGUGCAGCACGGCAACGUAAAGAAGGAACAAGUUUAUUUUCUGUUGAGCCAACCAAUCGAGCAGCCAGUGAAGUGUUCCAUGUUUACUCAAACCGAGCAAACCAAUAGUUUUACUCAGACGGAGCAGAGCAAUUCGAGCUACGGCGAUCAGAGACAGCAGCAAGCAGCCAUGUUUGACCCACAACAAAUACAGCAGCAACAAGCUGCACAGGGUCAACAAUCGCAGCAGCAGCAGUCUCAACAAAUGUAUGUCACGACAGACAAGAAAGAGGACAAAUCUCAGCAGCAACAGUCGGCAACUGCAGAGUUUCCUUUCUAUUACAAUGUCAACAUGCUCCAGAAGGUUCAAACAAACGCGGUGAGCACGAUUGGUGCGAUCACAACCGACGACAAGGGUUGUUAUCGCUUUGAUGUGCAACCUGUCGGUUAUAACACAUUAUUGAAUCAGAUGAGUAUUGCGGCUGCCACCAAUGCAACCUUCAAAUGUGACAUUUGUGGUUUGGUCUUUGGGCACAUGAGUUUGCUGAAUCAUCAUAAACGGAUUCAUAAUACAACACCUAGUAAUCUACAGCAACAACCACAGCAAGUUGUUGUCCAAGCACCUACAACAGUUACCGUUGCAACAACCCCAGAAAGACCAUAUACGUGUGACGUGUGUGGAGCAUGCUUUGCAUUACCAGGAGAAUUGAAGAGCCACAAGACAAAUAUGCAUCAAAAACCAAAGGUGCAAAUUUGUGAGGAUUGUGGUAGCGAAGACCCCUGUGAACAUCAUCCUACUAAAAUUAAGAAGACUAUCAAACCUGGUCAUCAUCCUGUAAAACGGAGGGGUGUUACCAGUGUCACUAAAUGUCACAAGUGUAAUGGCACAGGAAUAAUUUUUAUUGGCGGUAAACAAAACAGUCAAAACCAAGCAGAAAAACCGUUUCAUUGCAACGUCUGUGAUGGAACAUUCUCCAGAUAUUCGUCGCUUUGGUCCCACAAAAGACUUCAUUCUGGAGACAAACCUUUCAAGUGUGAAGUUUGCGGCUUAGCUUUUGCAAAAGCUGCUUAUUUAAAAAAUCAUGGACGAGUGCAUACUGGUGAGAAACCGUUUAAAUGCGGCGUUUGUGGCAUGCAAUUCUCGCAAAGUCCUCAUUUAAAAAAUCACGAGAGAAUUCAUUCUGGUGAACGUCCGUAUCAGUGUGAAGUGUGUGAAAAAACAUUUGCUAGACAUUCAACACUUUGGAAUCACAGAAGAAUUCACACCGGUGAAAAACCUUACAGAUGUAAUAUAUGUGGUUCGGCCUUUAAUCAAGCUACACAUCUGAAAAAUCACGCGAAAGUUCAUACCGGUGAAAAGCCACACAGAUGUGAUAUAUGCGAGAUCGGAUUUUCCGAUCGUUUUGCAUUAAAACGUCAUCGUGCAAUUCACGAAAAGUACGGGCAAACGGCUCGGAAUCAGAAUGCGAAUAAUCCGAGUAACGCACAGCAAGCGAACGCGAGUAAUCAACAACAGCAGCAACAGCAACAGCAGCAGCAGCCCCAACAGGCGCAACAAGGUCAACAGGUUGUCGUGGUAAAUGCCACGACUCCUGUUACCGUGAGCCAAGGUCAAGGGCAAGCGGUAAUGCUCGAAGAAGUCUACAAGUGUCAGGUGACCUUCCCAGAGCCUAAAUGAUUCAGCUAGAGAAUACCUUUCAGGAGCUGGUAAAGGGGUUAAUUUUUUAACCUUUUUAAGAGGAAAAGAAAAAGAUACUAAUUAACAUUGAGAAGGCGAUACACGUGCGUGCGAACGUUUGUAAUGCUGUAAAAAGAAACGUGGACAACAACAUUCAGCAAGAUGCAAGAUUCCAGAGUGAUUGACAGUAUGCUUCUCCGUGCAGAGAUUCGGAUUCUGUGGAAGAAUUUUCGAUGGCAAUCGGAUAUAUCUCCGAUAAAACACAUUGGAAACAAAAAGGAGGAUGUCAAAAAUAGGGAAAAGGGAAAAAGGCAAAGACUCGGCGAUAUUUUACGCGAGUGAGUAAUUUUCGUAAAACGUGACUCGGAAGGGUACGGCUCGUAAAAAAUCGAAACGCUCUCCCGACCACCAGUAGUAGUCAAGGAAAUAUUUCGUGAAUGAGUACGGGAACGACAUCGGGAUGAAAUGGAACUAAUGAUAACAAAUCUACUUUAUAUUUUCUCACUCGAGAUAAGCGCAUUACCUAGAAACAAGUUUGACAUCAGAUUGAAUAACAAUCGUUCCAAUGUAUUGUAAAUUACUUCCAAUUCGUUUACAAAAUCGAAUCGCGGAUCAGUUUUUGAUUUUAUCUCGUAUUUUAUGUGGGUCGCCCACCCGUUCGUUCCACGCGGAAUCAAACAAAAAAAAAAAAGAAAUUGUAGUAGACGUAUUAUAUCGAGGUUUCAUGACUCAUUGAACGAUAAUAUGUGAUAGCUUCGACUAAAUCUUGGCUAGGCAGGAAACGCGGUAACUUGAUCGCUUUGAUAUACUGGCAAAUCGUGCGUGCUGUGCAUAUUUACCAGCUACGUGGCAAAUGUUUUCGAGCAAAAUCGAAACGCGAACGGCAAAUACGAUGUGCCUGAAGGAAGUACGUUCGAUGAAAAACGCCUGAACCUCGACCCUUUUAUAAUUAAUUUAAGUAGAGAAGGAAAACGAAUGUAGCAAAUAUUAUUUUGAUCGUCUCCUGUCUUUUUUAUAUUCAUUGAAAUUGAUCAUCGAAUUUAGCAAAACGGGAGAGAAGAAAAGCACAGGAAAAGAAUAAAGAAAUAUAGAUCGUUAUAAAUAAAAUAAAAAGUGAACAUACUAUCAUCUUUACACGCGCAUCUCUACGUUAAAACGGAAGUCGUGGUGCGGAUAUCGCAGAUUUGAGCGAGCCCUCUUCCGUCCAGUCAUUCGGGAUCACAAUAAAAAAAUUGCGUUUAUUGCAAUGACAACGACCACGAUUAAAAUGACGGCAGGAGUAUAUCGCCACGCGAGGAAGAAUUUCUAUCUCACUAUGGAGCUGCAAUAAUAGUAGUGAAUAUCGACCGGCAGACUAAUCUGUUUUAUAAUUUUAAGGCCGUGAACUAUAAUGGAUAUCAGUUACUAAAAAAAAAAAAUAGUUGCUAGUUUAUAAACGGCAAAUAGCUGGCUAGAUUAUCUUAUACGAUAUAUACAUAUUAAUUUUUAUAUCCCCACUUGUUAAAAGCGAUGGCACCAACAUCCGUGUCACUAUGGAACUCUUGAAUAUAAUGAUAAAUCAAGAAACGAUUCGAUUUGUAAUUAAAAAACAAGUAAAAAAUAUCGACGGUGCCACGGUACCGACUGGUCGGUAAACUCGUGGUAUUGACGAUGAUCAAGGAUGCAUUCGCGCCAUUUAAAGAAGACAAGCGUUGUUCCUCGGACAUCUUCGUCGACUGUAUCGGUUUCCGCGAUUAAACUUUUUUUUAAUCUAAAA